UCCAAGGGAGAUAAAUUCCGGAAAUGAACAGAAAGCGCCACCACAAAAACAAAAAUCUUGUUUGUUCUUGAAGAAAGUCUUUGGAGAUAUAUUACGUAUAUUUCAGGUCAGCUUCUUAUCCUUUAGUAUCGAAAAAGGAUGCUAGACUGACAUAAUAGCUGUGUGCCACAGCAACAACUGACCACAGAAGUAUGUCAUGGCGGGGAUCCACAGGACAUCUGGACGCAAAUGUUCCUGACUAUCAGAAGAUGCUACAAGGCCGCUAUCCAUCUUCAGGAUGGAGCAGCACGCAGCCUUCAUUGCCCUCAUACUCCAGCAGGUUUCCGGGAGCGUCAGGUCAUUCGAGCCACUAUAUCAAUCAGCGACACAACACCUCAUCGUUGAGUCGACCAAACUCGCAUAGCAGCUACUCCAAUACUUACCAGCCUUCAAAGUAUGGGCUAGCAGCCGAUUCCAGUUACAAUUCAACAUUAGAUUCUAAUUUUAGAACCGUUCAAGCUGACAAAUCCACUUCGAGACCAGAAAAUGGCUAUAAUGACAGAAAUUACGGGUUUGUCGGCCGCGAGUUUGACCUUGAACCCUAUCGAAGCUCAUCUCAUAGAGGCACUGACUAUUCCAGUGAUUCCGGAAGAGGUCGUACCUCAAGGCAAACAAUGGAUUAUUCUAGUGACAGUGGUAUGAGUUUUAGACAUCAGAGCCGUAAGUUAAGCGAUUUUGAACUUGAGAUUCCUAGUCCCGAUACAUCCCGUAAUCAUUCACGAUCUCAAAACGAUGAACUUUUUAACUCACCAACAAAAAGCCAGUUGCCGGCAUCUGAAUAUCUCGGGUAUAAUGACAAUCAUGCAAUAUUUGAGGAUCAAGGUAAACAUGAACGCUUAGCAGAUUAUCGACAUAUAUCAAAAAGUGAGCCAAAUCUCGACAAAUAUCAGGGUAUCGGAAACGGAAACAAUGUACAUAGCACAGAUGAAGAGGAAUUCAGUCCUCAACAUGAGGAUGAAGCAGAAACUGACGUCAACCAUCAUCUAGAGGAAGAUGUAAGAGCAAACUUUGUGUCACCAGAAAUAUAUCACGGAGAGAUAGGUGAUACAACAUUAGCACAUAGAGAUACCAAGUUGCAUUUAAAGAGAAAUAAAGCUGGUGAUCUGACCCAAUGGCAGCAGAAACAGAGGAAUUCACCAGCACCGGAACAUAGCAGGCUUGUUCUGAAACCUUCAUAUCAUAAUGAGAAACCAUUACGAGAUUAUUCCCCCAGUAUCCAUGACAACCAUCACUCAUAUGACAGCGAUCGUCUUAGACCACAUGACCCACAUGACAUGACAUCACCCCGGCAUCAUGACAUCACGGACAUGAAAUCACACAAUCACCGUCAUUCCAGUGAACAGUUAAACCAUAUUCAAAGUGCAGCAGAUGCCAUUAUCAGGGACAAGGAUGCAAUAAUUGAUGAAAAAGAGGAGAGGAAGGCGAGAAUGCACGGUGAGCUGUUGGAAUUGAAGGACCGUGUUGUUGGACAGGACGAGAUGAUAAAAGAAUUGGAAAAUAAAUUACGCCGUAGCCUCAUGUCAAGGGGAGGUAAUACAGAAGAUUCUGCUACAUUCUCAAAAAUGCAGGAUCUAGAAUUCAGAAAUGCAGAAUUGCGUUCUGAGCUUGCUAAACUAAAACUUCAGAAAGACACAGAAGUUGAAGAUCUUGAAAUCAAACUAGGGUAUUUAUUGGAGAGAGAUGAGGAGGUGGGAGAAUGGAAAAGGAAACAUUUACAGCUCACUAACAACUAUAAGGGUUUGAAGGAGAAAUUAGGAGGUAUGGAGAGGUACCUGGCAGAUCUACCAACUCUCGAAGAAUUCACCAAAAAUGCUGAAGAUCUUGCCACAUGUAAUGAAGAGAAUGAACUGAAGUCUGCCCAGGUAGCUGAACUCGAAGAGAAGUUGAAAGAUACAACACAACAGCUAUCUGAGAGAGAUUCCACCAUACAUGAACUAGAAGGGAAACAGCAGCAGUUAGCCCACAAGAUGAGAGAACUGACUGUAGAGAUAAAGAGGAUCAAAUCCGAGGGAGAGGGAAAAGCUCUCGCUGAGGCUCAGGACGAGCUCGCAGACACCAGGGAAACCAAAGACAGAGCUAUACAUGAUCUAGAAAAGGCUAAAAAGUUACUGGAAGUUAACCACCGGCGUCUCCGUCAGCUUGAAGCAAAGCACCAGACAGAGAUACGACAAGUGCAGGAGAGGUUGGCACAGGAAGAGGAAUCUGUUGUGGCACUGCGGGAGGAAAUACGUCUCAAGGAAGAGCAAGUUGCCAAGCUGAAAAGAUCUAUAAAAGAUUUUGCGAACAAGAAUCAGGAUCUAAUGGAUGAAACUCUAGUGUUGAGAGAGCAGCUGAAACAGUUUGAGCAGACGUCAGAGGACGAGAACCAGAAGUUGCAGAGACGGUUUGUACGAGAGAUGAGUUUCUGCUUCUCUGAGUUACAAUCACUGGUACAGAUCUGUGUGCAGCAAGCAGAAGGGAAAGACCCAAAUAUUUCACUACUGUUAGGAACUAGGGCAUCACUAGAUGAGGAAGGAGCAACAGGAUGCGUUGGCGGGGACGAGCAAUCGCUGAAACACUGGUUCUCUAAACUGAAGGAACUAAGAUCUGAGGUAGAGAAAGUACGCAACAUGAUGUGUAACAAAUAUGCCAAAGAGAUGGGGGAUAAUCUCAACUGUGCUACACAGUAACAUCAUGUGUACUUUAUAUGCCAGAGAUACCAACAUAAUCUUAACUGUGCUACACAGUAACAUUUAUUGUAAUAUCUAUGCCAGGGACAUCAGCAUAAUCUCACCUGUGUUACACAGUAACAGGGUGUGUAACAAAUAUGCCAAAGAUGCUGGCAUAAUCUUAACUAUGCUACACAGUAACAUAAUUAGUAAAAGCCAAAGAUUGUAGUAUCGCAAUUAUGUUACAAAGUAACAUGACGUUUAACAAAUUGGCCUUAAAUGUUGUUGAAAAUCUCGUCUCAUAUGCAUUGAACAAAUUUGCAUAGUAUGUAGAAAACAUGAUGAAUACAAACAAAAAAGAGCCACUCAUGUGUUUCACUGCUGCUUCAAAUGCAUAAACAGUUGUACAUAAUUUAAUUAUAACGCUGCAAGUACAGUCUGUCCUUAAUGGUGUAAAUAUAUAAUUAAAGUGUUAAAGAUAUUAGAAAAAGCUAUUACAAUGCAGAAAUUUAGAGGAAGAAAUAUGUUAGCUCUUUUAUCAUAGAAUGUCAGAAUUUGAAUUCUGUAUAAACAUAUGUACAUCAAGAAAUAUUUAAAAUCUUCAAUUGAAAUACAUGUAUACAUAUGAAACUAUUAUUCAGGGUCAGCAAUUUUCUAAGUCAUUUUAUGGCCUAAGUAACUUUGCAGUUUUUUUGUCUGGAACAUGCAUAUCGUGUGUAAGAGUGGUAUAUUUUUUUAUACAAGUUUAAAAAUGGAAUUGGCCUAUUUUGUAAGAAGAUACGACAACUUUGUUACAGAACAUAACUUCUGUAUUUGCUUCCUUAUUUUUGUACAGAUUUCAAGGAGGAGUUAACCUUUAGCCUGCUGGCAGCAAGUGAUUCUGCCUUUGCGACCAGUGCAGACCAAGGUCAGCCUGCACCUCUGUGCAGGCUGAUCGUGGUCUGCUCUGCUCGCUAUUCAGUUAGUAAAUUUUCAGUGAACAUCCCUUCAAAUGAUAAAUGGUACUGCCCAAUUUAAAUAAUAGACCAGUCCAUUUUAGAAAUUUAGCAGGCUAAAGGUUAAGAGAGCAGUCUCAGAAUGCCAUCUUGCCAUUUGUCAGUUUGAGAAAAACUUUGCUCAAAAAUAGUGUGGAGAUUUUAGACUGAACUCCAAAUUCAGCUGUUUGUUAGCUUUGGAUCCAGGAUUCAGUCAUAAAAUUUGAUUGGAGACCAGUCAAGAAACUCUAAUAUCUGAUUGGUUGAUUCUGAGUACAAUUUUGAAAUUGACCAAUGAAAGCAUUGCAUUCUGAGACUGGUUUUUCAUCUAAGUUUUGUAACCUCAGACACUCAGAAGUGGAAUGUCUCGCUGAGGCAACAAAAUGUUGUAUUAAUUGUGAAUCCACUAAAAUGCAUUUUUUUCUCAUUUUGAAGUAUUCUUCUGCAAGAAUCUAAGCAUCUAUAUAAGUGCAGUAGGAUAUUUCGAAAUUGCAAUAUUUUAUAUCUUCAUAGUCAUUCCUCCAUUUAUUGUAGUUGAUAUUGAGAAAUCCUGUGCCAAAUAUUUAUGAUUUAUACCUCUAAUGGAUUAAUACAGAGUAAUAUUUAUUUGAACAUUCUCUUUAAACAUCAUUUUGUAUUUAUGUUGCAAUUAUUAUCUUACAAACUCUAGCCAUAAAACAAUAAUAAGUGAAUUUUAGUUAUAAACUUUAAACAUUUUUUAAAAUCUGAAUAAGCAAAUGGUUAUACUUCCAGAAGUACACACAAUUACUUUUUGGUUUUUAGAAAAAUGGUAAUUUCAUGUAAUAACUUUUGAAACCAGAUUUUUUUAUUAUUUAAUCUUUGUGUUUCAAGCCAGUAACAUUUGCAAAUCUUCUUAAAGGGGCAUGCCACCUUUGUCACUUUUUUCUCUGGAAAUUUAGAAAAGUGCUAGCAUUAGCUGGUAAUACUAAAAUAGAAGGAAAUUUAGCUGUAAUUUGCAUAAUGGUCAUAUUACAUCUUACGUAAUAAAGACUUUAAAAUGUUAGAUUUUAAGCCACUUUUAAAAUGUUUUAAAAUUUUAAUGUUCAUCUGGUUGCUUGCCCCUUUAAAAGUAAUGUAGCUUUAAUGCGUCUGCUGUUCAGUAAUAGAUUUGAUGGAGACACAUUAUCUAAAUGCAAGCAAACGUUUUAAUUUAAAAUCUUAUAAAAUUUUUGAUGUUUACUUAGACAAAGUUAAUGUGUUUUUCCAUUUUAUCCAAUUGCAAAAAUAACAGUUUACUGAAUUCUAUGUACUUUCAUUUGGCAUAUCCUGUAUCUAUCCGCCUAAAUUGUAAGAACAUUAAAAUGUUACGUUUCUUUCUUAUAUGUUUAUCAAAGGAAAGU